CUGUGCUGGAGACACACUGCAAGUACCUUCCUCCCAACCCGACUGCUUCCUUACCCAGUCAAGAAGACCACAAAGUUCAACAAUGGCCAUCACUGACAUCCUCUCUGCUAAAGAUAUUGAAUCUGCUCUCUCCAGCUGCCAGGCUGAUGAUUCCUUCAACUACAAGUCUUUCUUCUCCAUGGUUGGUUUAUCCAGCAAAACUCCUGAUCAGAUAAAGAAAGUUUUUGGAAUCCUUGAUCAGGACAAGAGUGGUUUCAUUGAAGAAGAAGAGCUGCAGCUGUUCCUGAAGAAUUUCUCCUCAAACGCCAGAGCCCUCACCUCGGCAGAGACCAAGGCUUUUCUGGCUGCAGGAGACACUGACGGUGAUGGCAAAAUUGGAGUAGAAGAAUUCCAGUCUCUGGUGAAGGCAUAAACAGCAUUAGACCAAAGGCAGCCUUGGACUGACUCUGCCAAUUACCUCGUCCAGCAAGCACUUCGCACUCAGCAUGUGUUUGUACAUUUUUAUAUUGUUUCAGGCAUUAACAGUUCCCCACACAUGAAGUUCACACACCUGAUUGCUGAGAAACCUUGCAAUGUUUUGGUCACAUGGCAUUGUUACAUUUCCAUUGUAAAGAAGAAGGCACUUUGUGAUUUUCCACCACUGAUAAUGUUGAAAUUGUGGCUGGGAGAGGGGAGAAGACAAUUAAAAAAUCAGCUAAACAAAAAGACCCUUGGGAGAAAAAGCUGCUUUUAAAAAUUUUGUUUAGGUUCUUCAUCCUCAUACUUGAGCAUGCUGACUCACCAGACACAGUUUUGAUGCUCUUAAACCAUAUCAUAUCUUCUCAGGCUUAAUUGUACUGAUUUAAUUGAGGUUUAGCUCUGAUUAAUUCUCUGAUACUUGAGGAAAAGCAAUGCUGAAAAGAUAGCUAAAAAUAAUUCAUAUUAAGUCCCAACCCUGAGAAUAUGAGAAAAAAAUUAAGACAUUUCAGAGGAGUUCACACCUAGCUCAAAGCACAGAAUUAUUUCAUGGGUAAUUUUCCAAAAUAAAGUAGCAGACCACAGCGUAAUCGUAUCGCCAGAACGUGUUUAUGGCCUAAAAUGUGUGUCUCCCUUAAGAAGAUUUAUCUUUCAUGAAAUCUAAGGCAGCUGUGAGAUAGAGGAGAAGGGUCUAAUCCUACUCUGACACUGCCACAAGUCAUGGUUCCCUGACAACCUGGGCCACAGGCCUGGAGGUUUUUCCAUGAAUCAUGAGCCUGUUGCUUAUUGUCUCUUAACAUGUACAAAACAAUAAUAUUUGCCUCAUCUGUGAAUUUCUGUGUUUUCUACAGAUGAAACUACAGCCAAUCUUGCUGUUGGAUUACCUUAAAGCUCUUACAUUGUUAAAUAAUGGCCAUUACUCAAGUCUUUCAUUUAUGAUAUGAAUUAUUUUCUAUAUGUUCCAUAAUAUCAGCAGUUUUCUUCAGUCUGAAAACUAAGAACUCAUCUUCCCUUUGAGAUGUGUCUUAGAGGAUUUAGAGUUGAUUAUAGCAUUGUCUUCAUUAAUGGACAAAGUAAAUAAUAUUCAUGGCUAAAUGCAGAUAUCAGCAGGCUGAGUAGAUGUUGUGCAUCUCUGGCUGAGUGUGUCAGAAAUUUCCCCACCCUGAUUUAGCUGUUUCCUUCCCCAUGUCCCAUGCUGUGUCUCCAGCUCACAAGCAGACUGUACUUUUAUUACUCUUCACUAAAACGGAAUGAUAAUUAUGAUUUGGCAGCUGUUUUGAAGAAGAGCAGAAACAAAGCCUUUGGAACUUUUAUGUAACAGCCAGUGUUGGCAUUUUCAUGAAUUGCAAGAUGAUUAUGUGAGGCAAGCACAGCUCCCUCAUUCCCAGGCAUGUAAGAGAGCCGGUCGACCGAUUUAAGAUGCCUAAUGCAAAAGAGGAAUUCUAGCAAUCAGACUCACUGAAGCCUUGGCAGAAUUAUAAUGAAUAUAAAUCCUAAUUCUAUCCCCACUGCCUUUGAUGUUAAAUCUGGGCUUAAAUUAAAGCUGCUCUUAAUUGCAGCACUGAAAUAUUUUGCAUAAUGAUGAGACUGGCUCCUUUUACCUUAAUUAUUUCCCUGUUGAAGAAAAAACCUAGGGCAACCUAGAUGUGCAGCAAUACCCAGAUGUAAUAUAUACAUUGGCUCUUCACACUGCUGAUCACUAAACUAUCCUUCACUGGCUCACGAGCAGAUGGCACACACAGUACCAGAAGUGACAGACCUGACACUGCAUUCCUUGCACCUCUGAGACUCUCGUGUGGAAUGCAAGAAAUGCAAGACUGCACAGUGGCCCAUCCUGUAUUUCAGAGAUGCUGAACAACUGCACAUCACUGCCUUGUGCUGCCACAGGGGAAUGAAACACUUUCAAGAAUCAGGAAAUACUUUUGUGUGCUGCAACUUCACCUAUGCUUAUAAGAAAAUCUGUUCUUCUUAAAUAGUGGAAAGAAGAUGUGUUUUAAAUCUCAUUAAAAUCAUCCAGCCAUUUCAUUUAAAGGAAUUAUAAUAAAAAUCCAAGAAGUCCUCAAUUAAAAAAAAAAGCCCAUAGGCUUCAGCAAAAAUACCACCUACUCUCUAUUAAGGUUUCUGUUGGCUUUAGGAUCCACAUUUUAACCAAAUUAGAAAAGAGCAUUUUUCAACUAAAGGAAACAAAUUCAAAAAAUGUGACGUUUUCUGGCAAGGUUCAUUUUAAUUAACUUAAGUCAGUGGCAGCUUUCAGUUUUUUAUGGAACAUCAUGGAGUGUUCUCUGAAUUUGACAAUGCAAUCAUGCUAGAGAAAAACUUCAAUUGCAGGAUGUCUAAUUCAGUGAAUAUCAACUGAAGUACCAAAGAGGCACAUGGUUGGUAUCACAAUGUUACCAUAAUUAAGGUACAGAACCAGUGAGUAAUUCCUGAUAGAAAGGUCCUCUGGAGGUCUCUGGUGGUCCAAUCACUCCCUCAGAAGGGAGGGAUGGAAGGACUAAGAUGAGUUUGAGUAUUGUCAGGGAUAGAGGUUCUAUAACCUCCCUGGGCAAUCUGAUAAGUAAGGAUUAAAUCCUCUGCAUCAAGCUGCUAUGAAUGAA